GAGGACCUUAUGAGAAUUUAGAAGUCUGACGCUUUAAGAAAGAAAAGAAUUCUGAAUGGAAUGAUUUUGAGUAUAAAUUUCUUGGUAAAAAACCUUCGCCCAAUUUUGAAUUGUCAAGACAAGAGCUUUAUGUAAGAGUAGAAGCCCCAAAAGGUGAAUUAGGGAUUUAUCUAGUAGGAGAUGAUAGCCUUUUCCCCUGGAGAUGGAAAAUCCGUCCACCCGGGUUUAUUAAUUUGCAAAUUCUUCCUCAGCUAGUUAAAAAAAUGAAAUUGGCUGAUAUCAUGACGAUAUUAGGUAGUAUAGAUAUCAUUAUGGGGGAAGUUGAUCGUUGAAAUGAUAAUAGAUAGGGUAGAGGUAGAAACUAUCAAUUCUUUUUCGAAAUUGGAAUUAUUAAAAGAAGUCUAUGGACUGAUAUCGAUUCUACCCAUUUUGACCCUCCUUUUGGGAAUAACAAUAGAGGUACUCGUAAUUGUGUGGUUAGAAAGAGAAAUAUCUGCGUCGAUACAACAACGUAUUGGUCCUGAAUAUGCUGGCCCCCUGGGCCUGCUUCAAGCUAUAGCAGAUGGGACUAAGCUACUUUUUAAAGAAGAUAUUCUGCCAUCCCGAGGAGAUAUUUCUUUAUUUAGCAUUGGACCCUCUAUAGCAGUCAUAUCAGUUUUAUUAAGUUUUUUAGUUAUCCCUUUGGGAUAUCAUUUUGUUUUAGCCGAUCUUAGUAUUGGUGUUUUUUUAUGGAUUGCCAUUUCAAGUAUAGCUCCUAUUGGUCUUCUUAUGGCAGGAUAUAGCUCAAAUAAUAAAUAUUCUUUUUCAGGCGGUCUACGAGCUGCUGCUCAAUCCAUUAGUUAUGAAAUACCAUUAACUUUUUGUGUGCUAGCAAUAUCUCUACUAUCUAACAGUUCAAGUACAGUUGAUAUAGUUGAAGCACAGUCAAAAUACGGUUUUUUUGGAUGGAAUAUUUGGCGUCAGCCUAUAGGUUUUCUGGUUUUUUUAAUUUCUUCUUUGGCAGAAUGUGAAAGAUUACCCUUUGAUUUACCAGAAGCGGAGGAAGAAUUAGUAGCAGGUUACCAAACUGAAUAUUCCGGUAUCAAAUAUGGUUUAUUUUAUCUUGUUUCUUACCUAAAUUUAUUAGUUUCUUCUUUUUUUGUAACAGUUCUCUACUUGGGCGGGUGGAAUUUAUCUAUUCCCUAUAUAUCCUUUUUUGAUUUUUUCCAAAUGAAUAAAGCAGUUGGAAUUUUGGAAAUGACAAUGGGUAUAUUUAUUACAUUAACUAAAGCUUAUUUAUUUCUCUUCAUUUCUAUCACAAUAAGAUGGACUUUACCGAGGAUGAGAAUGGAUCAGUUAUUAAAUCUUGGAUGGAAAUUUCUUUUACCUAUUUCCCUGGGCAAUCUCUUAUUAACAACCUCUUCUCAACUUGUUUCACUAUAAAUAAGAUAAUACAAUAAUAGUAAGAAUAUUUUCAACACAAAAGCUCUCUCAAACAAGAGAAAGAAACAUAUCUUUUUCAUAGAUAUUUAGAAUGAAUAUGUUCCCUAUGGUAACUGGGUUCAUGAGUUAUGGUCAACAAACAAUACGUGCUACAAGGUACAUAGGUCAAAGUUUCAUAACUACCUUAUCCCACACAAAUCGUUUACCUAUAACGAUUCACUACCCUUAUGAAAAAUCAAUUACACCAGAGCGUUUCCGAGGGCGAAUCCACUUUGAAUUUGAUAAAUGUAUUGCUUGUGAAGUAUGUGUUCGCGUAUGUCCGAUAGAUUUACCCGUUGUGGAUUGGAGAUUUGAAAAGGAUAUUAAAACAAAACAAUUGCUUAAUUAUAGUAUUGAUUUCGGAGUUUGUAUAUUUUGUGGCAAUUGUGUUGAGUACUGUCCAACAAGCUGUUUAUCAAUGACUGAAGAAUAUGAACUUUCUACCUAUGAUCGUCAUGAAUUGAAUUACAAUCAAAUUGCUUUAAGUCGGUUACCAAUCUCCAUAAUGGGAGAUUACACAAUUCAAACAAUUAGGAAUUCGUCUGAAAGUAAAAUAAACAAAGAAAAAUCUUCGAAUUCAAGAACGAUUACUGAUUACUAAACUUUGAUUUUGUCUUUUUGUUAUAAAAAUCUAAUAAUUCUUUAUUAAACUUUAAAAUUAAACUAUAAAGAAAAAC